AUGUCAGUUCCUGUAUAUCCUUGCAAUUCCGACAAAUUGCCAAAAUCAUUGGCUGCUAAAUGCCCUGUCAUCAUCAAAGGGUUCGAAAAGGCCUUUGGUACAAAACCUGACUUUGUUGCCAGAUCUCCAGGUAGAGUGAAUUUGAUCGGUGAACAUAUUGACUAUGCCGAUUUCUCUGUUUUACCUUUGGCUAUUGACGUCGACAUGUUGUUGGCUGUUAAGGCUUUGGAUGACAAAAAGCCUUCUAUUACUUUGGCCAAUGCGGACUCUAGAUUUAGCGAGAGAAAGUUUGACCUACCAUUGGAUGGGUCUUACGUCACCAUCGACCCAACGAUCUCCGACUGGUCUAACUACUUCAAGUGUGGUCUACAUGUUGCUGUUGAAUACUUGAAGAAAAUUGCACCAGAAAAGUUUGCCAAGGCCCCUGUUAAGGGUCUACAAGUUUACUGUCAAGGUAAUGUCCCAACUGGUUCCGGUCUUUCCUCCUCUGCUGCCUUCAUUUGUGCCGUCGCUUUGGCUGUCAUCAGAGUAAAUAUGGGCGACUCUUACGAAGUGUCCAAGAACGACUUGACGAAAAUAACAGUUGUUGCCGAGCAUUUGGUCGGUGUUAACAACGGUGGUAUGGACCAAGCCGCCUCUGUUUGUGGUGAAGAGGACCACGCGUUGUACGUUGAAUUCAAGCCGGAAUUGAAGGCUACACCAUUCAAAUUCCCAAAUUUGAAAAACACUGAGGUUACCUUCGUCAUCGCUAACACUUUGGUAGUUUCCAACAAGCAAGAGACCGCUCCAACCAACUACAAUCUGAGAGUCGUUGAGGUUGUUGCCGCCGCCAACAUCUUGGCCAAGAAAUAUGGUGUUGUCUUGAAGCAUGACGGCCCAUCCAAUUUGAACAAGGGUAACUUGAGAGACUUUGUGAAUGCAUACUAUGCAAAGUACAUGAAUGUCGCGGAACCUUGGAACGGCGAGAUCACUUCUGGUAUCGAACGUUUGACCAAGAUGUUGGAACUGGUCGAAGAAACCUUCGGUGCCAAGAAAAGUGGUUACACUGUUGACGACGCUGCCUCUGCUCUGGGUAUUUCCAGCGAGGAAUUCACCAAGGAAUACUUGACUUCAUUCCCAGUCAGAUUUGACACUUUGAAAUUAUACCAGAGAUCCAAGCACGUUUAUGCGGAAGCUUUGAGAGUCUUGAAGGCUUUGAAGGUUAUGACCGGCUCUUCGUUUACCAAGGAUGAAGACUUCUUCCGUGAGUUUGGUAAUUUGAUGAACGAGUCCCAGGAAUCAUGCGACAAGCUGUACAACUGUUCCUGUUCCGAGAUCGACAGUCUUUGUCAGAUCGCCUUGAACAACGGGUCUGCCGGUUCACGUCUAACUGGUGCCGGUUGGGGUGGCUGUACGGUCCACUUGGUUCCAAUCGAAAAGGUGGACCAGGUCAAGAAGGCAUUGAUCGACCAAUACUACAAAGUCAAAUACCCAAAGAUUACAGACGAAGAACUAAAGGAGGCCAUCAUUGUUUCCAAGCCAGCACUAGGUUCCUGUGUAUGCACUUUGUGA